UAGAAAGAGGGAUCGGCAACGAUCCAGAAAUUUCCCCAUACUGUAGCUCUAUCCCCUUCUCUAUUCUCCCUCACAAACCACUAAAUCCGUUUGAAUCUCUGUGAUUUCUGCAUGAGCUUCAACAUGGUAUCAGAGCAAGACGGUUCCUGUGUUUUCUCCCCGUUUUACUGAGCAAGAAUCGGCCGCCCGUGAGGUCCUGCGUCGCCAUUGCGCUGGUGGUGCUCGUGCGGUGGUGCGGCCACGAUUUACUCCAGAUCCUGUGUGGUCUGGCCGGAGUGAAGCUGCUUCAAAGUGUUGUUUGUUGCUGAUCUCGGAUCAAGGCACGUCCUUGCAACUCGGCAAGGUGUGAGCGACAAGGUCAUCCUCAUCCUCUGGUCGCUGCAGUACAUUAUUCCAGACUUCUAUUAUUCACAUGCUUCUGCCUUUCAACUACAAAUAUUUGAGGUACGUGUAGCACUGUGUUGAUCUAGAGUUGACUUGAGAAGCAGUAUUGCUUAGGAGAACUUGGUCAUAUCAGCCUAGAGCAUUGCAAUUUGAGGCAGGCCCUAGUAUAAUUGUUGAUCGUGUGUGCUUUUUGAGUAGAAAAUGGGAGAUUCCUCCAAGGACAAGCCAGGGGAUCCGAGCAUGGAAAAAAUGUAUGAACUCCUCAGCAGACUGUUUGAACAACAACAAUCAAAAUCAGUAGUUUCUGAUACUGUCAAGUAUGCACUCGAACCAAAUCCAGUAAAAUUGUCAGGUCCUGGUGACUAUGUCAGCUGGGCACACCAUGCUCGACUAAUAUUAAGUUCCCAUGGUUAUGAGUGCAUGCUGGAUUGUGAUGAAGAAAAGCAGAAAACCAGUGAUGCUUAUACAAAGCAGAACAAUGACAGAGUGUUGGUAUGGCUGCUGGGAAGCAUGGAACCAACAGUACGGCAGCAGGUUGAAAUAAUGUCAAGUGUGUCUGAAGUGUGGAAAUCUCUAGAGAAGCAAUUUUCUGGAAAAUCAAACAAAAUGCAUGCAAACCGCAUCAUGGAAGAACUGACUCACUUAAAGCAGGGCACCAAAUCCAUAACAGAAUAUGCAGGUGAGGCGAGGCGGCUGUACAGGGAUCUACAUUAUUAUCAUCCCUUUCAAUCCGUUGACAAGCAAGAUCUACCCAUCCAUCAUAAAUGGUUUGAGCCGAUUGUGGCCAAACUUUUUCUUGAUGGACUGAACAUGGAAUUUAAUCUUCGUCGGCAACUUAUUUUCUGCCAAACAGAAUGGCCCAGCCUUGAUGAUAUUAUAUCCAGUGUACUUGAGGAAGAGACUCGCUUAUCUCAACCUAAAGAAGAUGAUCUGAAAUGUGGAGAUAAUCGUGCAGCGUUAUCUAUGCAAUAUCGCCGCACCGCCAAGUCCCUUGUCAAAGACAAAAGCAAGUCGUUCUGUGACCACUGUAAGAGGAAUGGACACACAAAGGAUGUUUGUUUUGAGUUGCAUGGCUACCCACCUUGGUGGGAUAAAUGGAAACCUCGGUCAGGGGGAGUUCAAGGGGUCAAUAAAAGGCAAGGUAACCAUAUUACAACCUUGCGGGAGCCACCGGUGGUAGAUGUACGAGAUCUUGAGGAAUUCAAAUCCAUGCUUAAACUCUCAGAAAGCUCAUCUUCCUUCCAGGACACCUCUAAGGCUGAUUCCAGGAUCAUUACCACCUCUCACCAAGGAGCUAAAGACGGGGAGAAUCUUAGGGACUGGGACCGAGCAUGAUGGGCUCUACUACCUUGACGAUGGAAGUGACGAAGUGGCUCUCACAUCCUUCUUAUCACCAUGUCAAGAGUUAGUGUUACAUCAUCGUAGGCUUGGUCAUCCUUCUUUUACAGCUAUGUCAGGUGUCUAUCCUUCUUUGUUUAAGUCGUGUCCUAAGGAUGUCCUAGUAUGUGAUGCUUGUGAACUAGCAAAGCAUACCAGGGGCUCCUACCCAAGCGUCGGUCUGAGAAGUAAGAGACCAUUUGAAGUAAUUCAUUCCGAUGUUUAGGGACCCUGUGAGGUUGUUUC